GGCGGGGAAACCCCACAUUUACACUUGACAAGGUCUUCCUUGCUUUUUGUUGUGUUUUGUCAUAGCCUAUUCCUUGAUUAUUGCAUUCAUUUUUCUGUUUUUUUCGAGCCAGGGAGUAGAAUAUAUAGACUACACCUGCUAAAAUGAAGAGGGUGCAAGUAUUUGAAGACGAAACUGGAAAACACGGGAAGGUUUUUGCAGUUCCUAGAAGAAUAGAAGAAUUAUAUUCAUCAAUAUGUAAAGUGUUUGGUGUUUCCAUCAGUACUCUGUACACAGGAGAAGGUGCUGAACUGGAUGAUGUGAAUCUGAUAAGAGAUAAUGAGCCACUGUAUAUAUUCAAGCCUACUGGAAAAGUUUCAGAACAAGAGCACUCACAAAACCCUGAUAAUCAAAGUGACUGGAUUAGUCUCAACGUUGGUGGGAAGAAAUUCUGUACGACAAGGAGUACAUUAGUAGCAAUGGAACCAGAAAGCAUGCUGGCAAAGAUGUUCCGAGAUGAAAGUCAAUGGAACAACACUCGAGACAGCAGUGGGGCCUACCUUCUUGAUCGAACUCCUGAAUAUUUCGAAGUUAUUCUCGGUUAUUUAAGGCAUGGUCAACUCAUUAUUGAUCCAAAUAUUAAUCCUCAAGGGGUCUUAGAGGAAGCGAGAUUUUUUGGAUUAGAAACUCUGAUUGAACAACUGGAAAUAUUAGUCGAAAAAAAUCAACCAAGAACUGACCACAGUCCUCUUACAAGAAAAGAAGUCGUCAAUGCAUUAUUGAUCAACCAAACUAAUUGUGAACUCAGAUUUCAGGGGAUGAAUUUUUCUGGAGCUGAUUUGUCUCAGCUCGAUUUACGAUAUAUAAAUUUUAAACUCGCAAACUUGAGUGGAUGUAAUUUGAUGAGAGCAAAUCUGAACUCAUGUUCGUUUGAAAGAGCAACAUUGACUAAUGCUAUUAUGGAUGGUGCAAACAUGCAAGGUGUUAAAAUGUUGUGUUGUAAUGCUGAAGGUGCUUCCAUGAAAUGCUGUAAUUUUGAUGACCCAUCAGGAUUGAAGGCAAAUAUGGAAGGUGCAAAUAUGAAAGGAGUCAACUUUGAAGGAAGCUUGAUGGCCGGUGCCAACUUACGUGUGGCAACUCUCAAAAAUUCAAACUUGAAAAAUUGCAAUCUCAGAGGAGCUGUUCUUGCAGGCACUGAUCUAGAAAAUUGUGAUUUAUCCGGGUGUGAUCUCUUUGAAGCUAAUCUUCGCGGAUGCAAUGUUACAGGAACGAAAUUUGAAGAAAUGAUAACGCCUCUACACAUGACACAAACGGUGCCGUAGCUCUGAGAGAUGAGAUACAAAAUGUAUCGAAUACCUGUUCAAAAUAUACAUACAUGAUUGUGUGAUGUAAUCCACUAUAAAAAAUAAUUCACGUAAUGUUCUAUCGUAUUUUUGUACGGUUUAUACAUGUUCUAUUAUGCUUGACCUCUUCUUUGAAUUGGGUGCCACAUGUCCACCUAGAACAAAGCUCUGAACGGAGAGCCAUCGGAUAAAACAUAUUUUCUGUCAUAACCUAUGCAAAGCAUUGCAACUAAAUUGGGAAGAAUGAAGUUUUGCGUAGUUUUUGAAAAAAACGUCUUCACGAAAAAUAUUUUAUAUUAAUUUAUAAAAUUAGAAUUUUUUUUCUUUUCAAUUCCAUCUGCAAUCAAGUUGAAUUCCAUAAUUAUGCUUUCUCACUGACUAAUGCAAUGUGUGAAGUAUUCAAAGAGCCCAUUCAGAACCGACAUUUUCCACCUCCUUUCUUAUACCUAGUGUGAGGUGAUGAAAUUUAAACAAAUAUUGGAUUUAUUGUGUUAAAACCAGAAAUCGAAUCGUGCUAAUAUGAUAAAUUAUUAUUGUUAUGGUAUUACUUACAUUUGCUUUAUGUACCUUACGUUUGAGGACUAUCAAAGAACUAUUAAUUUUUUACCUUAUUAUAAAAUACACUGUACAGUACAUUUUAAUUGUCCUUUUAUUUACUUAUUCUUAGACUUACGAUAUAUAUAUAUUGUGUCGACUCGAAAUUCCAAAUUUUGUUUUGAUUGAAUAUUGGAUGAAAGGAAUGUGACAUAAGGCAUGAUUUAUAAUGUUAAAUUUUGCCCCUAACAAUUUUGCCAUACAGUAAAUAAGUUAUAAUAUUGUAAUCGGAACAUAUUAUGGAAUAAAGUGAGGCGACCAUCGCUAUACAUGCUAAUAUAUAUAUUCUAAUCAGUGAGCAGACGACCUUUAUUCAUGCCCGACUCGAACCUUAAUUCGUGGUGAAUUUUUAAUGUAUUAUGGCCAUUUGGCAAAAGUGUGAAAAACCUAUUCGGGGAAUGAAUGGCCAAAUGUAUACUUUAUUUAUUACCUAGUACCCAUUGCGGAAAUGUAGUUAAGAUUAUUUUGGGAUGAUAUAAAUAAUAAUUAUAAAAAUCGCCCCCAUAUCGCUUGAAUGUAUACAACAGAAGUGUACUCGUAGGAACGCCAAAUUUAUAAUUAAAAAUUGAUAAAAAAAAACUUCUGCCUAAUUAUAAGAAUGGCAUUGUGGUAUGAUUCAGACAUCGGUCCGCCUAUGUUUGUGUUGCGCACUAGAUGAUUGUGUAGAGACUAUAUUUGGUUCUUCAUAAUUAAAAAAUAUUGUUUUCAGAAUAUAUUUGCUCAAUAUG